AUGGACUACUGCCCUAGAUGUGAUGAAACCCCUGAGGAUGUCAAUCACAUCUUUCGCACUUGUCCCAAAGCUAUAGAUUUUUGGAAAGGCCUCCAUCGUCAUCAUUGGUUAAGUGUGAGCCUUAACAUGCCAGUUAAAGACUGGAUUAUUUUUAACUCCAAAAAGAAAACUCCUUUCUGCUUAGAUGUUAACAUGCCAUGGGGUAAUCUGAAGUUGAACACCGAUGGUUGCUUCUAUGAAUCCACCUACAUGACUGGUUAUGGAGGAGUAAUUAGAGACAGCUCAGGGAUAUGGAUACUCGGUUAUUAUGGCAAAGCAACUAGCACCCAACAGCUUGGAAGUGGAGAUAUGAGCUAUAUACAGAGGCCUCACUAUCAUUUUGGAAAAGGGCAGAUGUCAAAUGUUACUAUUCAAUCAGAUUCGAGUGUGGCAGUUGGUUUCUGUAAUGAAGGAUCACCUAUUGAUCACCCUCACCGCCACAUAGUUGAAGAAGCCCGAAGACUUGCCGCUCAGAUUGUAGAGACCCCUAGGAAAUUUGCCCUGGCUGAUGCCAUGCCAUGGGUGUUGGUCAUCUUAGGAACUAGACUACGACUCUUGUAG